AUGACGUCGUUUCAAAACUCAUACUGUGGUCAAGGUUGGAAUGAUUGCAUGCCCACUGUUUUCGCUGGUGCUGGCAAAAGAUCUGCUAGUGGUGGAAAAAGAGCUUACCCAAAAACCAUAAUCGCAGCUCCGUCGGUUGGACCACCUCCUUCUGUAAAUGGUGCUUCUUCUAUCGAUAGUAUCAAAGCUUCAGUAGUUGUCACGACCCGUCCUGCUCCCCCUAUCAAAGCAAACUCGUACACAAGUAUUUAUUCUACAGCUAGUGCUGAAAGUGAGGUAGCUGGUGUGAUUACUGGGGCUGCUGUUGAAGAUACUCCAGCUGAAACUGAUGGCGACACUAAGGAAGCCCAGGAGCAUGCUGCAAAACUGUUAGAAUCGAUCCUUUCACGCCCCUCGACUCUUUCCGGUCGUGAAUUUGGUCACUAUAAAACGAGGCUGAGUAAAGAGAUUCCAUGUUUGACGAGUCCACACAUUUAUAUCGUUACUCAGUCCCUGGUACUGGUUGAGCAAGGCGAUAUUGGUAAUGCCCGGGACUUGCUUGUUCAACACAGCCUGGUCCAUAAUGGUAUCUCAAGCUGGGUCUUGCCUUUACGCAAGGUCAUUGAAUGUGUUUCUACUCAGUGA